UCUCUCCUCCGUCAGUCCCCCCUCUCUCUCCUCACUACCCCAAAGCAGCAGCGGCAGCAGGAACAGGGCAGCAGCCGCUGCAGCAAGCUCGAAGCAGUAGUCAGCGAGAGCCAAUUCCCCAAAUCGCCCCUCCCAAAUGCGAGUCCUCGCCUGAGGAAGGCCCCCCUGACCUCUUCGUGCUCCCCGCCGCCGCCGCCAUGUCGCCGCCGGCGGUGGAGACGCCGGAGUGGUUGCGCAACCUGCCCGUGGCGCCGGAGUACCACCCCACCGCCGCCGAGUUCGUGGACCCCAUCGCCUACAUCCUCAAGAUCGAGGCCGAGGCCUCCCGCUACGGCAUCUGCAAGAUCGUGCCCCCGCUCGCGCCGCCGCCGCGGGAGGCCACGGUCGAGCGCCUCAAGGCCUCCUUCGCCGCCAAUGCGGCCGCCGCCGCCGGCGUCGACGGCGCGGCCCCGGCGCCCACCUUCCCGACCCGGCUCCAGCAGGUGGGCUUUUCCACCAAGAAUCGCCGCCCCGCGAGCCGCCGCGUCUGGGAGAGCGGCGAGCGCUACACGCUGGAGGCCUUCCGCGCCAAGGCGCGCGACAUCGAGCUCCCGAGGCACGCGGUGCCGCCCAAGCACGCGACGCAGCUCCAGCUGGAGGCGCUCUUCUGGGGCGCCUGCGCCGCGAGGCCGUUCAACGUCGAGUACGGCAACGACAUGCCGGGCUCCGGCUUCGCGGCGCCGAAAGAGGGCGGCGGCGGCAAUGCAGCCCUGGCGGCGAGGGACGUCGGGGAGACGGAGUGGAACAUGCGGCUGGCCCCCCGCGCCCGCGGUUCGCUGCUGCGGGCGAUGGGCCGGGACGUGGCCGGCGUGACGACGCCGAUGCUGUACGUGGCGAUGCUCUACAGCUGGUUCGCGUGGCACGUGGAGGACCACGAGCUGCACAGCCUCAACUACCUCCACUUCGGCAAGCCCAAGACCUGGUACGGCGUGCCCCGAGACGCCAUGCUCGCCUUCGAGGACGCCGUCCGUGUGCACGGCUACGCCGACGACCUCAACGCCAUCAUGGCCUUUCAAACACUAAAUGAGAAGACAACUGUCUUGUCUCCUGAAGUUCUUCUUUCUGCUGGAGUUCCUUGCUGCAGAUUGGUACAAAACCCUGGUGAAUUUAUUAUCACGUUCCCUGGAGCUUAUCAUUCUGGUUUUAGCCAUGGAUUUAAUUGUGGAGAAGCAACAAAUAUUGCAACGCCUCGCUGGUUGCAAGUGGCUAAAGAAGCUGCGAUCAGGAGGGCUUCCACAAAUUGUGGUCCACUGGUGUCUCAUUAUCAGCUGCUCUAUGAGCUAGCACUAUCAUUACGUCCAAGGGAACUUAAGGAUUCUCAUGGUGUGCCCAGAAGCUCUCGUCUAAGGGACAAGAAGAAGAAUGAAGGUGAAAUAAUGAUCAAAGAAACAUUUGUUGGAAGUGUGAUCGAAAACAACAAUUUUCUUAGCAUCCUUCUUGAUAAGAGUUCUUGUGUAAUUAUCCCGGAGAUUAAAUUUCCCCUUCCAUCAUUUCCUACAAGUAUGGCACCUGAAGUCACUGUUAAGCAAGGGUUGAUUGCUGGUACCUGUAGUAUUAGCCAGAAAAAGGCUGAAGAUAUGCUUGCUUAUGGCAAUGCAAUAGAUGAAAUCAAAGGGUUUGAAAAAAUGAGCGAGUCACAAUCAUCAAGUGCAACCACAUCCUCUGCAUGUAACGGAAGAAAGCUCUAUGAAACAAAAUUUGGAAUGGUUAACAGCAGCGCUCUCUUAUUGAAUUCAGAGAUUCAGAGUGGAGUAAUUGAAAAAGGUGGAUCACAUCAAGGAUGUGGGCUCUUAGAUCAAGGGCGGUUGCCAUGUGUUCAGUGUGGCAUAUUAAGCUAUGCUUGUGUAGCCAUCAUUCAACCUAAAGAAGCAGCAGUCCAAUAUGUUAUUUCUCAGGAGUGCAUGUCAUCAAGUGCAAAACAUGGAGAAAUUAUGAAAUCAAAUGAUACCUCAAAUUGGAUAACGACUGUUCCUCCACAAGGGCAUUCUUCUGAAACAGAUGAUAAUAGAAUACACAACAUGAGUUCAGCCCGAGUUUCCGAUCGGUGUAGACAGCUGUACACCAGCAGCACCCAUGGAUGCGCUUCUGCUCUUGGGCUCCUGGCUUCUGCUUAUGAAUCAUCAGAUUCUGAUGAGGAAGCGGAAGCACCUGAUAAUAUAUCAAACAAUAGUGCAAACAAUGAUGCAGUAAAUGGAAUUACAAAUAUUCAGUCCUCAGGAACAUCAGUUCAGUAUCAAAAUACAAAUUUGCACUUGUAUGAAGAGGGAUGUGAUUCCAGAGCAACAGUAUCUCCAAUGAAACCAGUAGAGAAUAUGAGUAUUGCUAUGACUCAGGCUAGUAUUGAAACAGAUAUGACCCAUCUUGCAGAUCUGGGAGAGUCACUAACUGCAUAUGAUCAGUGGUCAGCAUAUCUUGAUUGGAUGAUGAUCCAACUG